AUGCCUCGCCAAUUCUUCGUCGGUGGUAACUUCAAGAUGAACGGUACUGCGGAAAGCAUUACCGCCAUCAUCAAGAACCUCAACGAGGCCAAGCUCGACGAGACCACCGAGGUCGUCGUCUCCCCUCCUGCUCUCUACCUGACCCUCGCCCAACAGGUCGCCGACGAGAAGAAGAAGGUUGCCGUUUCCUCCCAGAACGUCUUCGACAAGCCCAACGGUGCUUUCACCGGUGAGAUCUCGGUUUCUCAGCUGCAGGAUGCCAAGAUCCCCUGGACCAUCAUUGGACACAGCGAGCGCCGUGUCAUCCUGAAGGAGACUGACGAGUUCAUUGCUCGUAAGGUUAAGGCUGCCAUUGACGGUGGCAUUAGCGUCAUUUUCUGCAUCGGUGAGACUCUUGAGGAGCGUGAGGCCGACAAGACCAUCGAGGUUGUCACCAAGCAGCUCAACGCUGCCGCUAAGGAGCUCACCAAGGAGCAGUGGUCUAAGGUCGUCAUUGCCUACGAGCCCGUCUGGGCCAUCGGUACCGGCAAGGUCGCUACCACCCAGCAGGCCCAGGAGGUCCACGCCGCCAUCCGCAAGUGGCUCGCCGAUGCCAUCUCGCCCGAGGCCUCCGAGAACACCCGUAUCAUCUACGGUGGCUCCGUCAGCGAGAAGAACUGCCGCGAGUUGGCCCAGGAACGCGAUGUCGAUGGCUUCCUGGUUGGCGGUGCCAGCUUGAAGCCUGCUUUCGUUGAUAUCAUCAAUGCUCGUUUGUAA